CUUUCCUCCCUUUAUUUCUUUCCACCAUGCUACUACACACUUUACUUUUGCUGGUCUCCUCUACCGCUGCGCUGGCAAGGCGGGUUGUAGUUGACUGGGAUGUCACAUAUGUGUACAUGAUGCGUGAUGGAGUCAAUUACAAGCAGUCGAUUGGCGUCAACGGUCGGUCUCCAAUCCCGCCUGUGUAUGCAACUCGCGGCGACACCCUCAUCCUCAACGUGCACAAUUCGCUGAACGUAACUACGACGAUCCAUGCCCACGGCCUGUUCAUGCGCGGCAUGGCUUACAUGGACGGACCGAGAAUGACCACCCAGUGCGGAAUCCCGCCCGGUGAGUCAUUCACGUACAAGUACCAUCUCGAGCAGGAAGGCACCUUCUGGCUCCACGGCCACGACCACGAUCAAAACGCUGACGGGCUGCGCACUGCACUCGUCAUUUAUGACAAGGAGCCGCCGUACAAGUACGAUGCAGAGCAUUUGUUCACCUUCGAGGACUGGUACAAGGAGCAGUUUGCCGAACGUGCAGCACUGACCACUGACCCAACCCAGCCAUUCCCACCGCCGUCUGGCUACGGGUUUGGCCUUAUUAACGGCUACAACGGCAACACCACGAAGCCGAUCAGGUUUGAGCCAAAGAAGACUUACCGGAUCCGCCUUAUCAACAUGUCCAGCACCGUGUGGUUCAAGUUCCGGAUCCCCGGCCUCAAGCUACGCAUUAUUGAGGUUGAUGGGAUCCUGAGUGACGAACAUCCAGUUGAUGGUGUGCAGCUGGCACCUGCCAUGCGCUACUCGGUUCUGGUCACUGCACAUGACUCGGACGAGUACAACUACUACUUCAAGAUCAAGCUGUACGCGGACUUCAUUAAGCCAUCACCAGGUGAGACCCCACGCUUUUACUCUGGCCUGAUCGAAUAUAAGCAGGAGUCGCCAGUCAAGGAGUUCCCCGACGUCGAUGAUAGCACACUGACGUGGGUUGAAGAUAUAAAGCUGGCAGCACUUGACAAACAGCCACCACUGCCAGUCGACCGCUCGCUGCGUCUGACGGUCGGCAACAACCUCAUGUCCACAGGUCAGCACAUGAACCACAUCAACAAUAUCACAUACUACGCGCCACUGGUCCCCUCCCUGUUUACUGCAAUGACCACUGGCGACUUGGCAAUGAACCCCGAGGUCUACAAUAACCGGACACAUCCGGUCGUGCUGAAGCACAACGAGGUCAUUGAACUUGAAGUGCAUAACCCGAACAGACUUCCCCACCCUAUGCAUCUGCACGGCCAUGCGUUCCAGGUCACCGAGUAUGGCCCGUCGCUGGCGACGUUCCAGCCAGGCAGUACAUUUUCUCCGCUUGUGCAGUCGCUUGUUGCUCCGAUCCGGCGUGAUGUCAUGGAGAUCCCACCAAACUCGUAUAUCAAGGUCAGGUUCCGCGCCGACAAUCCGGGUGUCUGGCUGUACCACUGCCAUGUCAAUAUUCACGGCAGCCCCGAGAGUCUGCGGAUGCUCAUGACAUUUGUUGAAGCACCAGAUGUUCUGCAGAAGACGCAGACGCUUCCCAAGAGACUUAUUAGGCACUCGAUCCCUGCCCCUGAGCCUAUCAGUGUUCCGUCAGUCCAGGAUCCUGCUGUGCUCCCGGCCAGCACUGGUCCUUCUCACCAGCCCGAGCUUACUCGUCGCCAGUACGGAUGCGGUUUUUGUGGAGGGUACGGCUGUGGUAUCUGCGGCGGCUACGGUGGAUAUGGUGGAUAUGGUGGCUAUGGCAGAUAUGGCGGAUAUGGCAGAUAUGGCGGUUGGGGAUUCCCGUUUGUGAGCUCAUUCAACAGCGACUUCGAUCGUGCCACCAACCGUGCCAACUUUAACGAGAACACGAUGUACUCUAACAACAUCAACGCCAACCAGGCCAACGACGCUCUUGAGCUGCAGGUCCAGGCAGUGGCACAGCAAGCAGUCAGGGCUUCUCAGCAGGCGAUCCACAAUGCGUAUCGAGGUGUCGAGUCCUCUAUCCGCAAGGUCAACAAAUUGCUACCACUCAAUGACAGCAAGCAGGCCGAUGCUGAUGCAGAAGAUAGGUAUGCAGGCCGCAAACCCAAUGACAGAUACUUCCAUACCCCACGGCUGACCAUGGGUCUCUAG